GGUCGCGGCGGUCUGGAGAGGAGGGGAGGGGCAGGUCGUGGCGGCGCCAUGGGUUUUCGUGGUGGCGCCAUGGGGCAGGGGAGGGGCACAUCGCGGCCUGGAGAGGAGGGGGCCGUUACGCUGCACCCGAGUGUCUGCCCCGUCGACCCGCUCCCUUGCCGUUUCAUGGUCGUCGAGGUCCAGCACAUCCUUGGCGGCCGCCAAGCCGAUCUCCACUCCUUCUCGUCUGAGUUCCUACUCUAUUAGAGUCGUGGCGGUCUGGAGAGGAGGGGAGGGGCAGGUCGUGGCGGCGCCAUGGGGUUUCGUGGUGGCGCCAUGGGGCAGGGGAGGGGCACAUCGCCCCCUGGAGAGGAAGGGAGGGGCGCACCGCCACACCGCCGCGGGUCAUAUGAAGAAGCCUCGGAGGCAGCCGGAGCGGAAGGCUCGCAUCGGGGUAACAAGGAAAUCAAAUCGGCAGAAAGCUUGCAAGCUGAAGCAACAGAUUCAGCCAAGGAGCGUGAGCGAUUCCUGUUCUUCCACUUGCUCCAGUCAGCUGAGGAAGAACGGCGAGAGGUGUCCGGUAAAUAUGGACAGAAAUCAUAGGACUCUGAGUUCUACAGCAGCAAGUAUGAGGGAAACCCAUCAUUGGACGACAAGUGAAGAACUAUUUUUGUUGGACCCUUUGGCCACUGGUCCUAAUGCUAUGGCUGAGAGAGAAAAAUUUAUGGCGAACAAAAGGGUGUAUUGUAACUCUGCUGCAGCGGAACUGAAUGAACGUUUUGGAAAUACCAACGGCUAUGUUCCUGUGACUCAACCAAAGGUUAGGACAAAAUUUCAUCAGUUUGGUGAAAGAUAUAAAGCAUAUCAACAUCAGAUCUGUCCAUUUAUAUAUAAGAAAAAGGCAAAACCCAUAUCCUUGGAUCCUGCCGAGGUAGCGGACAUAAAAGCUGCAGGGGCGUUUAUGGAAGCGCAUUGCUCAAACACUCAGUUUUAUUUGUAUUUGCGGAUACUGCAUGACCCAGUUGCUCGGACGGGGUUUUGGCUGAAGCAUGACUAUGAAAAAAGGAAAAAAUACCUCGAUGACUUGUUGGAACAGAAUCCGGAGUGGUGAAGGCUGAGUUGGACAUGCACCCGCCAACGACUCCCCCACCCACACAGUGAUCCCCUAGUUCCCGUUUUCUUCUUUAGUCUAGCGUGUUUGAGCAAGUGUUGCUCUGAACUUCCUGUGUUGUUGGCUUUGUUGCCUGGAUCUCUAGUCUAGCGUGUUUGAGCAAGUGCUGCUCUGAACUUCCUGUGUUGUUGGCUUUGUUGCCUUGGGUUGUAAUCGUAUUCAGUUCCUGACGCUGUUGAACCGGUUUGUCUUUAUUAAUUUGAAGUUGGGCAGUGAUGCCAUAACCAAAGAUUCGAAGCCAUGGCAGAGGCUACGAUGUCAAGCAUCACAUUGGAGGAUAUUGCGCCUGCAACAUUUAAAAGUCUUCCUCAGGUUCAUCUACACUGACGCCCUGCCUGAAGAUGACGACUCUCCUAUUGUACCAGCGCUGAGUGAAGCCGGCUAAUGGAAGAUUUGUAAAAUUAUCAAUUUUUUAAAAUUCUAACUUCACAUUUCUUGAAAA